CUUCCGUGUUUCCGCGUGCCUACAAUUCCUUCAGCCCCAGCGGCGCUCCCUAGGCCGACGCAGCUAGAAUUGUCAGUGUCAGCCGUUUUUUGCCCGGGCCCGAGUUGAUCCAGACUCAGCCAGCCUUAACGCCCCUGAAGCUACACCCUCCCGCGCAGCCUGAAUCGCUUGUCAUUUCUCCUGCGGUUUCUUACUGCACUUCUCCGACUGUCCAUUGCUUUGGAGAGCGAGUCUUUUAUUAUACCUGCGACAUUAUGCGCAAGCAUCUUAGAGUGACAUAGUCAUUUUCACUUGAUCUUAGCCCAAAGGCCUAGAAGUGAUUAGAGAUGCGUUACGAUUUUUUUUUUCUUAGCAUAGGCAUAAAACGGUUACAAGCUUUUAAAAACGCUCGUACCUCUUUCAGUUUCACCGUAAUUUGUUCAAAGCUUAUUUCAAGUUUUGUUUUAGAGGUGGUCUCCCUAUAUGUAGCCCCUGUUGCCGUGUGAUCCUCCUGUUUCAGCCUCCUCUUUUCGAGUCCUUGGCGGGAUUGGUGUGAACUGUUGUUACUUCAGAGUUCAUGUGUCACAGCUGGAAGACGGGGUUUUGGCCCUUGUUUUCAAAUUAACUUGGAAGAUGGACGACUGGAAGUUGACUAGGAAGUUACUGAAGCCUAUGUUGAUGCAAGCCUGGACUCCAACGUGUGGUGUCCUGUAUUAUCAGCGUCUGUGCCCAGUCAAGAUAGACAUCACUACAUGCUGAUUUAUGAGAUGGGAAAGUUGCCAGCCAUUACGAUGGUUUAUCUGAGUGUAGUGAGAAAACUCAGACUGAGCUGUUGGAGGUUGACUCUCCACACUGAAGCCAUUAGGAAAAACCCUUGUGAUUAACAGCAGAGGCUUCAGAGUGUCACCAGUGUUCAGGCCUAGAAAUUAUUUUAAAUGGCGACUGAUAUGUCUCAAGGUGAACUCGUCCAUCCUAAGGCACUCCCACUUAUAGUAGGAGCUCAGCUGAUCCACGCGGACAAGUUAGGUGAGAAGGCAGAGGAUAGCACCAUGCCAAUACGACGAGCUGUGAAUUCUACCCGGGAAACUCCACCCAAAAGCAAGCUUGCUGAAGGGGAGGAAGAAAAGCCAGAACCAGAUGGAAGUUCAGAGGAGUCGAUCUCUACUGUGGAAGAACAAGAGAAUGAAACGCCACCUGCUACAUCUAGUGAGGCGGAGCAGCCCAAGGGGGAGCCUGAGACUGAAGAGAAGGAAGAGAACAAGUCUCCUGAGGAAACCAAAAAGGAUGAGAAAGAGCAGUCUAAAGAAAAAGAGAAGAAAGUGAAAAAAACGAUACCUUCCUGGGCUACUCUUUCCGCCAGCCAGCUAGCCAGGGCCCAGAGACAAACACCGAUGGCUUCCUCCCCACGGCCCAAGAUGGAUGCAAUCUUAACUGAGGCCAUUAAGGCAUGCUUCCAGAAGAGUGGUGCUUCAGUGGUUGCUAUUCGAAAGUACAUCAUCCAUAAGUACCCUUCUCUGGAUCUGGAGAGAAGAGGCUAUCUCCUUAAGCAAGCACUGAAAAGAGAGCUAAACAGAGGAGUCAUCAAACAGGUAAAAGGAAAAGGUGCAUCUGGCAGUUUUGUUGUGGUCCAGAAAUCAAGGAAAACACCUCAGAAAUCCAGAAACAGAAAGAAGGGCUCAGCAGUGGAUCCAGAACCACAAGUCAAACUGGAAGAUAUUCUCCCAUUGGCCUUUACUCGACUUUGUGAACCUAAAGAAGCGUCCUACAGUCUCAUCAGGAAAUACGUGUCUCAGUAUUACCCUAAGCUUAGAGUGGACAUCAGGCCCCAGUUGUUGAAGAAUGCUCUGCAGAGAGCAGUAGAGAGAGGCCAGUUAGAGCAGAUAACUGGCAAAGGUGCUUCGGGGACAUUCCAGCUGAAGAAAUCAGGGGAGAAACCCCUGCUUGGUGGAAGCCUGAUGGAAUAUGCAAUCUUGUCUGCCAUUGCUGCCAUGAAUGAACCGAAGACCUGUUCCACCACUGCUCUGAAGAAGUACGUCCUGGAGAACCACCCAGGGACCAAUUCUAACUAUCAAAUGCAUUUGCUGAAGAAAACUCUGCAGAAGUGUGAGAAGAAUGGGUGGAUGGAGCAGAUCUCGGGGAAGGGGUUUAGCGGCACCUUCCAGCUGUGCUUCCCCUAUCACCCCAGCCCAGGAGUUCUGUUUCCAAAGAAAGAGCCAGAUGGUUCUAAAGAUGAAGAUGAAGAUGAGGAUGAGGAUGAAGAUGAGGAUGAAUCAUCAGCAGACUCGGAGGAUGAAGAACCACCACCCAAGAGAAGCUUACAGAAGAAAACCCCAGCCAAGUCCCAAGGAAAGACUGCAUCUAUGAAGCAGAGAGGGUCCAAGCCUGCGCGUAAAGUCCCUGCUGCCCAGAGAGGGAAAGUGAGGCCACUGCCCAAGAAAGCCCCCCCCAAGGCCAAGACCCCUGUCAAGAAAGCCAGACCCUCACCCUCAAUCAUCAAGAAGCCUAGUGGGAGCUCCUCCAAAAAGCCCACAGCCAGUGCAAGAAAGGAAGUGAAACUGCCCAGCAAGGGCAGAUCGACCAUGAAAAAGGCUUUCAAGGCAAAAAAGUAAAUUUUAUAGGAAAAAAGGGUAUCAUGAUAGAAUUCAAAAUCUUAUUUUAUAAGGUCAGUGUGCAUUUGUUUUAGUUAUGAUGCUUUUAAUUUUAUUUUUUUCUUCCCAUAUGAGCAUUGUGGGAAGGACUAUAAACAAACCAAUGUAGACAUUUGUUAGCUUAGGUGCUGUUCUCAGUGCCUGCCUCUUCAUCAUUUAAUUUCUGCAGUAAUCCUGGACAUGGCUGAACUAUGUAAUCUGCCCUAGUCCUUUUGCUCCUCCUAACCCCAGCCCUCAUGCUUUCUCUUUUUUUAUGGUCCGAUUUGGGGUUUCCUCUUCAAGUUAAUCUAAACAAUUGCACAGAUUUAUAUUUGUAGUGAGCACCAUAGGUCAGGUGCUGGAAGUCAAGAGGAAGCAGGCGUACUUCAGAGAGGUAUUGCCCCUGCCUGGAGACUUGUUAGAGUUGUGGUGAUUAACCCUGGCUGUAAAAUCACUCCACUCACCAUUCUCGCCAGCUUGAGCCGGAGACAUUUUAGCUUUGGAAAGAAGCUCUAGUCUCUGUGACCCCAUAGAUUCUGAAGAUCUCCGCUCCUUUUGUCGCUCUGACCAGUUGCCAAGCACGCUUUGCUGCCCAGAGCGUCGUCCCCUUAACAGCAAGCACAAGUUGUCUGCACCACUUGGUUUUGACUGAAGGGGAAGUACAGAGAUACGAGGAAUCUGAUUCUGGUGUUGCUUAUAUUACCAAAAAUGACAGAAUAUUCUCGAUCAAAUGUCUAGAUAUAUUUUUAAUAUUUGGGGCAUAAGUUGUCAACCCCUGUUUGAGAGUUCCCAUUGCUAAUGUAGAAAUGUUAAGUGGUAAAACAUGUAAUUUGCUAAAAUAACCAGAUUUCAGAUUCACCUGUGUGUGCCCCCCUCGCCCAUAGCACUUUUGAUAUCAGGCAAAUGGUUUCCUUUUUGAGAUAUUUUAACAGAAGAGAGGAGGGGGAAGCAAAUGAAGCUGUACUACCUAACCCUCUUUUUGUUUGUAUUUGUUUUAGGAUAUUGUGAAGUUGUGUAAAAUAGCACUAGCUUUCUACUUGAGAAAUACAGUUUCUGCUUAUCAUUUAUUCCUUCCCUGUGGCACUUGACAUUUUAAUUGUCUUAAACUUUUUGAUGUACCUCCUCUGGCCCCUUACACACUGCCAGAGGAGAAGGUGUUUGUUUGAGAUGCAUUCCAUUUGCAGUGUCUCCUGGGAUCCCUGCGGCUUACAUAUAUGGCUGGGAAAUGGACUUGAGAAAACGGGCUUGAAUUGGAUCAUAACCUGUGAGAUCCCAUCAUGAGUCAUUGGGAUUUGUGUUGCAUGUAAGGCAAUCUUUCCUGUUGUAAAUCUUCCUUUUUUAUGUACAUAUAUUUUGAGAAAUAUGAAUAAACAUGAAGUUUUAAAAGCUGCUGAACUACAA